AUGAAAUGGAAUCCCGAAACAGACGAUGCGUUCAAGACGGAAAAACCAUCCAAGGCUCGACUAUCACGCUUGAUCGGGAUGGCGACUAAGCCUGAGAGCGCAAUGAACACUGACUGGCAAUGUGCGUUCUCCCGCUGGCCACCCGUACGCAACCGAAAGGCAAUACAGCGCCCCGAUUUUGAGGACACUCAUGGCCACCGCGAUGCUGACAGCCUACUUGGACCCGACAAUUGCAUCUACUUCAGAGGGAAGGCAAUCGUUCCGCGGCGCGUACGACGGAAGGUGGACUUCGCCAACAUUCAAAGUUUCACGGAACACAAAGCGAAGGAGACAAUGGACGCAUUCGUCGACGCCGGCAGCGACGAGUACGAUGGCCAGGACUACUACGUGAUGGCGGGUUAUUUGAAGCCCGAAGUAUGCGUCGAAGAAGACGAGCUGGACGGCGAAUACGACGGAAAUGCCGUAGCCGAAGAGCCGUAUAUCGCUGAGUCUUCCGCGGCAGAUGUCGACACGGAGGAAGGAGAGGCCCACCCCGAUGUGGAGGACGACGGGGAGCCAACGCCUUCCGAGGACUACCCUUUCGAGAAUGACACAAGGCAAGUUCAGGUCCCAUCUCUUCACGCCAUUGUUACUCGCCGAUUCGACUACACUACGCAUCCCUUCAUACUGUUCGACUUCUACAAACGCUUCGCGCAGCUUACCGACGUACAGCGUGGACUCUAUCCCAAUAUCUCCCGGUUGAAUAAAAAGGAUGGUGUCAAGGCGCUGAAUAUCCUGAAGCGCUUCAAAACGUCCUACUUCACUGGGGAGCGCCCCGAUACAUACAACAAGGAUCUCGAUCCUCAACAACUGCCGCUGCUACGUAUGGCGUUCAAGGGUCAGGUCUACGUCGUCCCAGCCCCCCACUUCGACGGCGCAAUGUACUCUCCGUUCGGUCGAUGCACGCGUAGCAGGGCAGUCGUCCAUCUACUACUCGGAGAAGUCCACUACUUCAAAGACUACUGGCGCGAAUCCUCUCCUUGUACGAAGGAGUCAGAUAUCUAUGGCAUCUUGAAGAGUGCUGGAGUUACCUUCGUUGCGGACAUGUACUUAGGCGGGGACCUCUUGACAGGUGACACUACGACCGCGGAGGCCGUCACCACCAUAGGCCACGAGCAUAUCUCAGAACCCUGGGUUCAAAACCCCAACAAACUAGCAAUUAGGGAAUUGACGGCCCAUUUUAUCUUACUCUCGACCAUUGGGCGAGACCUUGCGACAUUUAGUACUGCUCGUCAACUGGUGACCUGCAUCGCCGAUGCCAUGGAUGCGCAUCAACAGGCUUACAGGUUGGGCAUUCUUCAUCGCGAUAUCAGCGCAGGAAAUAUCCUGAUGUCACUAGAGCCCGAGAAUCGCCAUGGCAUUCUUGUGGAUUGGGACCACUGUAUUCUGCUAAACAGCGACACCAAAGAUCGCACUGGUACAAGGAUCCAUCGAACAGGCACAUGGCAGUUCAUGUCGGCCCAUCUGACGCUUUACCCUGAGACUGCAUCGCAUACCGUCAUCGACGACCGUGAAUCGGCCCUUCAUGUCCUAACGUACAUGGCUUUGAAACAUCUUAGGCACGACCUCCCUGAGCAACGACUCAGGGGGACAUUGUCCAUCUUUGACGACUACAUCGCGCAAGAGGGUAAGCCAGACAUGGGCCUGGCGUCCAAACAGACCAUGAUCGAAAGGGGAGGACCACCCAAGGUCAAGUUCGCGGAACCAAUCCGAGCGAUGAAGCAUCUCAUCAAAGAGCUUUCCGAAUUCUUUGCGCCCCGCUACAAUGAAGACUACCUGAGCGACGACGAUGACGACGAUGGACGAUCCUGUGAGGAGCUUGCGAGGCGCCAGAAAGCGAAGGUCGAAUAUCUCAAGCGUCUGGAGAAGCUACAAGAUCCCGAGUCGGACAUGGUUUACGCAACCCUGCGCAAAUACGCCGCGAAACUGACUGAACCGCCUCAGGACAUCACCCAGUGGGUUGAUAACUUGAAACCGCAGAAUGCUUCGAAGCACACACUCGAGGGUCGCGAGAUGAGUAUUAGGCAGAAGAAGAUGUUAGGCUUGGACGGGCUGAUGAAGUUCUCCGUGACGUCGUAUCAUUCUAAAUAG